ACGAAAGACAGAGUAGAAGCAGCGGGUGGAUUUGUUGGCAUCGAUUGGUUCGCUCAACGAACGCUUCAACUGCAUUUUUUCCCGCACAGCUCCAACGAACCUCAAAAUCUAAUCUUUUCCUCUCUCUUCUCUCUCUCUCUCUGUCCCUUUCUCUCUCUUCCUCCCUCGCUGCGCUUCAGGGCAAAUUUCGAUCUCGCCCCCGAUCGCAUUCCGCCUCUCCCUGCUCCGCAUUUCGAGAGCUCCCUUCUGGGUCUCCCUAGGGUUCCCUCUUCUUGAGCUCCGCUCGCUCGCUCGCUCGCAUUUCUUGCGUUUCUUGCCUCGUUCAUUUCUUGUGGAUGUGGAGGAGGAGGAGGAGGAGUAGGAGGAGGUGAAGAGGAGGCUGGGCUUUCUCUGCGUGAUUCGAUCAGGUCUUCGCAGCUCGUCCGGGGAAGAAGAUCUGAAGGAGGAAGGAGUGGGGGUUUUUUUUGGGUCUCUCUCGCGUCUUGAAAGAUGAGCGCGUCGAGGUUCAUAAAGUGCGUGACGGUCGGCGACGGGGCGGUGGGCAAGACUUGCUUGCUCAUUUCCUACACCAGCAACACCUUCCCCACGGAUUAUGUGCCCACCGUCUUCGACAACUUCAGUGCUAAUGUGGUUGUCAACGGAAGCACUGUGAACCUGGGACUGUGGGAUACUGCAGGACAGGAGGAUUACAACAGACUAAGACCUUUGAGUUAUCGGGGGGCAGAUGUUUUCAUUCUAGCAUUCUCUCUCAUCAGCAAGGCCAGCUAUGAAAAUGUCUCUAAGAAGUGGAUUCCGGAGUUGAAGCAUUAUGCACCUGGUGUCCCAAUUGUUCUUGUUGGGACAAAGCUUGAUCUUCGAGAUGAUAAGCAGUUUUUUAUAGAUCAUCCUGGUGCAGUGCCAAUUACUACUGCUCAGGGAGAGGAGUUGAGAAAGCUGAUUGGUUCACCUGCUUAUAUUGAGUGCAGCUCAAAGACACAGCAGAAUGUGAAGGCAGUCUUUGAUCAAGCCAUAAGAGUUGUCCUUCAACCACCCAAACAAAAGAAAAAGAAGAGCAAAGCCCAAAAAGCCUGCUCCAUAUUGUGAUUGAUAAUAGCUUGAAGAUAGAACAGCUGGUUGCUCUGCCUGUAUCUCCUCCGUUCUUGCUUUGCUCUUAGAAGAAGAUGUUGCUGAUUUGUUGUGCCAAGUGACAAGACUUUCUUUGUGAAGCAUCAGACCAUCCAGUACUGCUCGAUUGGCGUCAUGGUGAUCUAAUUCUUGUGUUUGUCCACGUGUCGUCUGCAAUUCUUGACUUUGAUAUUUCUAUGUAUUAACGAACCGCAUUUAAUGAGAGAAAAAACCUUUCUUACAUGGACCACGUCUGUAUGCUUUUCUAUCAGUACAGCUUGUGAUCACUUUAUGAUUACAAAAUUGGUUUAUCUUGAUA